AGGGAGAGAGGGUUGUGUAAUCAUUCAUUUAUUAUUAUUUUUUCUUUUCUUGAGUUACCUUAAAGUGUGUAUGGAUUGUUCAAUACACAAACUUAAUAAUUUUGUUUAUUUUCUUUGAUUCAGUUUCAAAACUUUUUUGCUCUUAAGUGGAAACACUUCAAACUCUUUUUCUGCUUUCAAUUCCAAUCUAUAUUUCUCUUCUGCCAUGGAAAUGUUUCCUCAACAACACUCUCUUUGCAAAUUAUUCCAGUUCUCAUGUUGUUCUCAAGAAACACUUGUUCUUACCCUUUGCACCAAACACUCUUCUUUUUCUUCUUCUUUGUUGCUCCAUAACUUUCCUUCUCAUUGCUAUGGUGUAACUUCAUGAGGUUCUUCUUCAAUUUAAGACCUUUCUAGCUUCAAGUGGGUACCUUCCAAAUCUCUGAUUUGUUUUCUCUAGUUUUCAUUAUCUGAACUUGCUUCUGAGGUGGUUUCUCUUUAGAGAUUGGUGUAAUGGGGGUGGGGGUAGUUUCGUCAUUGAUUUUUCAGCUGGUGAAGCUCUUCAUCAUUGGCUCUGUUGUGACACUGCAAGGAUCCAAAGGGUCUGUUAUAUCCCCAUCUCCGGCAUUCGCUCCGGUCAUUCAUCCCAGAGGAGAAACACUUGGGCCUAUCCAUCAUGGACACUGGAGAAGCAAUGCACCGAGCUCCCCAGUGGAUCCAGAUGGGUUUCUCCUAUCCCCAAAUCCAGCAUCUUUGCCCAUGAAUCCUUCACCUAGAACCAUUUCUCCGAGCUCUCCAGAAGUAUCAAAUGGGUCGUUCUUGCCUACUCCAGUUUCAUCUCCUAUUCCUCCUCAUAAGAUUAAGGGAAUUGAACCAUCCAUAUCUCCCAGUAGUAGUCCAACCACCAUAGCAUUAUCACCACCGAACGAGGCUGCGCCUAUAUCGGCAACUGGUCAAGGGAAUGCACCACCACUGCAAUCAAUACAACCAAGUCCACCUCAAAGGAAAGCACCUCCUAUUAGGCCUCCUGAAUCAUCUCCAAUUUCUAGAGCUCAACCUCCAAAUAAUUCGCCAGCGAGCCAACCAAUCGAACACGGAAGUUUUCCCCCUGUGGUUGAGAAUAGGAAUGCUAGCAAGAGUCACACCCCGAAUCCAAUUUCACCAGCUCCAACUGCAGUACCAUCUACCAACUUGCCUACAUCUUCACCAGUAAGUCAACCAGUUGAAAAUGGCAGUUUCCCCCCUAAUAUUCACACAGAGGGUGCAAAGAAGGGUCAUUCACUGAAACCGGUUGCACCGGCUCCUCUUCCAGUCAUUUUGCCUAAAAUUUCACCGAGUCAGCCACCUGAACAUGGAAGCUUGCCUCCAACUAUUAACGAGAGUAAUUCCAGUGAGAGUCACAAACAGGAUCCAGUUUCACAAGCUCCAGUUGCAUUAUCUCCUGCAACUUUGCCAGAAAAUUCACCCAAUGUUCAUAACAGAACUGUAAAUAAGGGUCUUGCUCACAGUCCAACCGCAGAGCCAGCAUCACCAAAUUCUUUUGCAUCCCCGCCAUCAAAAAUGGAAAAUUACCAACCAGUAGGCCGUCCUGUUCUUCCAAAAGUAACUCCAUCUAUAUCACCUGCACAAGUUACACCACCAAAAAGUGCAUAUCCAAUAAAUCCACCACCUUUCCACCCCGUUAUACCAGCAGUAUCUCCAUCAAAAUUACUAGCACCUGUUGUCUCUCCCACACUAACACCUUCCAGAAAAUCUGAUUGGAAAAGUAACGGCAAACCAGUUUCAGCACCUUUGUACAAAGCACCAAAGCCAUUACCAGCUAUAGUACAUUCCCCUGUUCAAGUCCCAGUUGCGUCACCUCCUGUGAAUUUGCCCGAAAAUUCACCAGUUCGCCAACCUAUUCAUCAAGGAAGUUUAGCUCCCGUUGGUCAUAACAAAACUGAAAAUAAGGGUCAUAUUCACACCCAAGAGCCAGCAUCACCAAAUUUUCUUGCAUCCCCACCAUGGAAAAUGGAAAAUAACAAAUCAGUUGGCGGUCUUGUUUUUCCAGAAAUAACUCCUUCCAUAUCACCUGCACAAGUUGCACCACCACCUUUCCACCCAGUUUCACCACCAACAGUAUCUCCAUCAAAAUUGCCAGUACCUGUUGUUGUCUCUCCGGCAGUAUCUGUUGUUGUCUCUCCGGCACUAACUCCUUCCAGAAGCUUCGAUUGGAAACGAAGGGGAGAACCAGUUUCGGCACCAUUGUACAAAGCACCUAUGCCGCUACCAGCUGUAGUACAUCCCCCUGUUCAAGCCCAUGCUGUACAUAAUUCAAGGCAGUUUCAUCAUGCUCCUGCCCCUCCGGUGUCUCCUCCUAAAUCUGCAUCAGAAAAAGAAUAUCAUUCUCCUGCAUCUUCACCAUUAACCACAUCUUAUAAACAUCACUCUAGGAGUAUAGCCACCAGCCCUGCUCCUACAUCAUCAUAUUCGGUUUCCCCUCCAACUUCAGAACACCAAGAUCACCAAAUUCCUCCACCACUGCCGACAACGGAACGAACACAACAUGCUUUGCCACCAGCAAACACAGGUUCUACACUUUCCUCACCAGCCAGCCAGGUUUCUCCGGCUCCUUCUCCUUGGUUCAUAAUAUCUCCUCACCCAACCAAAAUUCUAUUUCAUCCUCCUAAAGUAUCUCCUUUGCGAUCUCCUGCGGAGAGUCCUAAGAAGCCAGUCCUGCCUCAAAUUCACACACUGCCUCCACCACCUCCUAAUGAAGAUUGUUUAUCAACUAUUUGUUCUGAGCCCUACACAAAUUCUCCACCUGGAGCACCAUGCAGAUGUGUCCUUCCCAUGAAAGUCGGUCUUCGCCUUGGUGUUUCUCUGUAUACCUUCUUCCCUUUGGUUUCAGAGCUUGCUUCCGAGAUUGCUGCAGGGGUUUUCAUGACACAAAGUCAAGUUCGAAUUAUGGGAGCCGAAGCAGCAAGCCAAGAUCCAGAUAAAACUGAUGCUCUCAUUUUCUUGGUACCCAUUGGGGAAGGCUUUGAUCACACUACUGCCUUACUGAACUCUCAGAGAUUUUGGCAGAAGAAGGUUGCAAUAAAAUCUUCUUACUUUGGUAGCUAUGAAGUCUUGUAUGUUAUCUAUCCAGGUUUACCACCAUCUCCUCCUCUACCACCUUCAAGCAUUUCGUCGAUAUACGGUGGUCCAUAUUCAAAUAAUGGUAACAAUGGAAGAAUGAUAAAGCCCCUUGGGGUGGACAUACAGAAGAGGCAUCACAAAGAUGGACUUAGUAGGGGCAUCAUUGCUAUUAUUGCUCUCUCGGUUUUUCUUGCUCUUGUUUUAUUAUUGGCUGCUGGUUGGGCCUUGUUCAAGUAUAGACAUCAUGUAAGCCAGCCAACAUCAACCCCGCGUGUUUCGCCACGUUCUGUUACCAAAACACAAGGAACUACUGAAUCAUUAGCAGCUGGGGGAAUUGCUUCGGCCUCAUCAUCAUUUCGAUCUAGCAUUGCUGCUUAUAAAGGAUCUGCUAAGACUUUCAGUGCGAACGACAUUGAGAAAGCCAGCAAUAACUUUAACGAUUCAAGGAUACUUGGAGAAGGUGGUUUUGGUCGGGUUUAUAGUGGUAUUUUUGAAGAUGGGACAAAAGCAGCAAUCAAGGUUCUCAAAAGGGAGGAUCAUCAUGGUGACCGUGAAUUCUUAGCUGAAGUUGAGAUGCUUAGCCGCCUUCACCACAGAAAUUUGGUUAAGCUUAUUGGUAUAUGCACCGAGGUUAGCUUCCGCUGCCUCGUCUAUGAACUCAUCCCAAAUGGCAGCGUGGAAUCCCAUUUACAUGGUGUUGACAGGGAAAACAGUCCACUUGAUUGGAGUGCUAGGAUUAAGAUCGCUCUCGGUGCUGCACGCGGUCUGGCUUAUCUGCAUGAAGAUUCAAGCCCCCCUGUCAUACACAGGGACUUCAAGUCUAGUAAUAUCUUGUUGGAAGAUGAUUUUACACCAAAAGUAUCUGAUUUUGGAUUAGCUAGAAUUGCGGCCGACGAAGAGAACAGACACAUAUCAACCCGUGUCAUGGGAACUUUUGGAUAUGUGGCUCCGGAGUAUGCAAUGACUGGCCAUCUUCUUGUGAAGAGCGAUGUGUACAGCUAUGGUGUUGUUCUUCUUGAGCUUCUAACAGGAAGAAAACCAGUAGAUAUGUCGCAAGCACCCGGUCAAGAGAAUCUGGUUGCAUGGGCUCGUCCCUUACUCACAAGUAAAGAAGGAUUGGAAGCGAUAAUAGACCCGUCUCUAGGGACUGAUGUGCCUUGGGAUAGUGUGGCCAAAGUUGCAGCCAUUGCUUCAAUGUGUGUUCAACCAGAGGUAUCGGACCGUCCUUUCAUGGGUGAAGUUGUUCAGGCUCUCAAACUUGUGAGUAAUGAAUGUGAUGAGGCAAAAGAAGCAGGUACAAGAAAUUCUAGCCAGGAGGAUUUAUCUCUUGAUUUGGAUAAUGUUUCUAGUCAACUACCAGAUCAUUUCCAAUUCCAACGCCAAUUCUCUGCCGCCAACUAUACUUCUGGAAGUGAUAUAGAAAAAGGUUUGUCAUCAUUUGAGAUAUUCAGCUCCUCAGCAAGAUUUGGAAGGCAAGAUUCCGGAUCUUUUCGACGUCACUCCUAUUCGGCUCCUUUGAGAACCGGAAGAAAGCAGCAGUUGUGGCAGGUUAUUAGCCGGCUUUCGGGUAGUGUAAGUGAACAUAGAACCAUCUCCAAGUUAUGACCAGGUUCAAAUUGAAUCAUUACAUUUUCUUUUUUCCUUUAAAUCUUUGUUUCAUAACUCACUGACUACUCUGAUUGAACCCUUUUUGAGGUUUGAUAUGGGAAUAGAAGCACGUUGUAAAUAGGAUGUGACAUGUUUUUUAUUCUAACUGCAAAAUCUUGUGUAACUGUUACUGAUUCUGAAGAGGGAAAGCAUUAAUGUAAAUGACUUAAUUUAGUUUGAUGAUAAAUGAGUGAAGUUGGCUCUUUUUCUUUAGUGACACUUGUCACUCUGUGAAAACGGAAGCUGGAAAGAGGGUUGCAGAAUUUGAAUGAUGAAGAAAAAUAGAAAGGGAAAGUGGAGAGAAGGCUCUGAAAUCUGUUUUGGUAGAGAGAGAAAGUGAUAUGGAUAAAAUGGGAAGCUAACAGAAUCAGUUAGCAAAUCUUGCUUUAUAUACCAACUUAUAUGAUAAAUAUCUUAGACUAAUUGAAUAUGCUAACUAGUGACUAAUUAUCAAUUAUAAAUGCUAACUAAGCUAAUGCCUAUCUACUAUAGCUAAUACAUUCAGGUAACAUGCCUCCUCAAGCUUGCAGUGCUUGGUUGAUGAAAAUCAAGCAUGCCAAACUUGGACACACAAGAAUCAAAAGGAGCAGGGGAUAGAGGUUUGGUGAAUAGGUCCGCCACUUGAUCUGUAGUGGUGAUUGGUAGGAGAUGAAGCAGGCCGUUGAGAAGCUUAUCUCGAACAACGUCACAGUCGAUAUCGAUAUGUUUGGUACGUUCGUGGAAUACAGGGUUAGGUGCAAUAUGCCUGGCUGAUUGACUAUCACAGUACAGGGAGAUUGAGAGUUUGUGAUCUAUGCGGAGGUCCUUCAAGAAGUAGCUGAGCCAUUGAGCCUCACAGGUGGCCACAGCUAGUGACCUAUAUUCAGCCUCAGAAGACGAUCUGAAAACAGUAGAUUGCUUCUUACUCUUCCAUGAAAUGAGUGAAGAGUCCAAGAAGAAACAAAAACCAGUAAUGGAGCGUCGCGUGUCGGGGCAUUGUGCCCAAUCUGAGUCAGCAAAGCCAAAAAUGCGAAACUCAGAAUCUGCUGCAAAGAAUAGCUCCGAGGCCGGAGCUGUUUUGAUAUAACGAAGGACACGAUAUGCUGCUUGGAGGUGAAUAUUAGAUGGUUUGCUGAGAAAUUCACUAAGUUUACCCACUGCAAAAUUGAUAUCUGGACGCGUGUUAGUGAUGUAUACUAAUCUGCCAACCAAUCUGUGGUAUUGUGAUACGUCAGAGAGUAGCGUUCCUGAGUCCUUAGAAAGCUUGAGACUAUACUCCAUUGGCGUGCUCGCUGGUCUUGUGCCUAAUAGGCCACACUCAUCCAAGAGAUCUAGAGCAUACUUCCUCUGAUAAAGAGCAAUUCCUUUGGCAGUUCUUGCAACUUCAAAGCCAAGAAAAUAUUUCAAAUUCCCUAAGUCCUUAAUCUUGAAUUGGUGAUCAAGGAUGGUCUUGAUGGAUUGAAUCUCAGUGAGAUCAUUUCCAGCAAGGACGAGAUCAUCAACAUAAGCGAGUAUCAUAGUGAAGGAGGUCUCGGAUUUGUGUUUUGUGAACAAAGAAUAAUCAUUCUUUGCUUGUUGGUACCCGUGAGCACAGAGAACAGAGCAAAGCUUAAGAUUCCACUGCCUACUAGCUUGCUUGAGUCCAUAGAGGGACUUGUCAAGUUUGCAAACCAAAUCGGGAGAGGAGAGCGGUAAUCCCGGGGGAGGCUUCAUAUAUACUGUUUCCUUCAACUCACCAUGAAGGAAUGCAGUGUUUACGUCCAAUUGGUGGCAGUGCCAACCCUUGAUUGCAGUGAGACAAAGUACCAAUCGCACAGUAGUGAUCUUAACCACUGGACUGAAAGUGUCCAUGUAGCCUAAACCAUAUCGUUGUGUAUAGCCCUUUGCAACCAAGCGUGCUUUGUGCCUCUCCACUGAUCCAUCAGGAUUGAAUUUGACUUUGAACAC